AUGCGUCAACUGUUAUUCGCUGCGUUGCUCUUGCUGUGUUGUGCCUACGGGUGUAUUGCAGACACUGAUUAUCUAUCGCCGUAUACGACCGAUCCGAACAAGGAACCCGGGGGGCCAAUGCCAAACAAAACAAAGGAAGAGAUCAUUUGGGGUUUGAAGGUUGUUAAAUAUCUCGUUGAUGACGAUGAAGACGUUAAUCUCACAAAGGAAUGGCAGAACAUCCGUAUUGCUGUGAACCCAGGAAUGAUUCAGAAAGUGAUGAAGUACUGUAAGUUCAAAAGGGCUUGGCUCAGAGGAUACACCUUCAGCACACACAAAGGAUUCGACGAAAAAGUGUGUGAGGCGAUAAAAACACCAGGUGAGAAAAAGAUCCAUACUUUGUUGUGGGAAGUGAUGCCUCAGGCCAUCUCAAUGCAUGUUGAACGUCUUAAGGUCAAGCGUGUGAAGGAUCGCUUGAAGAUUAAUGUACCAUAUGAUCGACAACUUAUAUCCGAUGCUGAGGGUACGAGGUGCGUUGAAAUGGUUUCCACUUCGGACGGUGAUAAGGGGAUGGGUAUUCCCGAUACGGAUUUUGUGAUCCAUUUGGGUUUUUCUACCAGAAACCCGGGCACGAAGAUUUGCACUUACGACAAGGAUGGACGCCCAACAUCUGCCAUGAUCAAAUUGAAUCCAUUUGAGAUCGAAAAUACGGAUCAAUAUAUUCGCCUUGUUGCACACGAGAUUGCGCACGGGCUUGGAUUCUCCAUGGAAGUAGAAAAAUUUAAGGAGAUGGUGCUCAGUGGGAUCAAGAGCAACUUCGUAGGGUAUAAAGAGCUCAACAGUACGGAAAUAAAAAAGAGGGUGAAGGAACAAUAUGGUUGUCCUGGGGGUAUUGGAAUGAAAUUGGAUAAUUCUGCACCCAAGAAAGAAAACGAUAUUGACACUCACUUUGAUAGAAAGGCUGCGCAGCACGAGUUGAUGGCCCCACUCAAGGAAAACAAAGGCGGAAGAAAGUUGUACAGCAAGUUGACUCUUGCUGCAUUGGAGUCUACAGGGUACUACCAGGCAGAUUACAACAAGGCUGAAAUGUUGUUGGUGAGGGAGUGGGGAUGUAAUUUCCUCAAGAAACCAUAA